UCCCCCCCUUCGAUGCCAUUCCGUCUGCCAGCAACACUCUCCACCACACUCUCUCGUACCGCACUUGCCAACUCUUGCAAGGCCAACUCCACCAGGCUACCCACCGCACUUGCCUCUGUACGAGCCAUCACACCUCGCAGCUUCGCCUCUUCCUCAAAGACAAUGUCGAUCCCUGUCCCCACCGACUACAACAAGUGUCUUUACACUCCCCUCACCGAGGCUGACCCCGAGGUGCAGAAGAUCAUCGAGGAUGAGACUUACCGUCAGUUCUCGGGCCUAGAGCUCAUCGCUUCGGAGAACCUCACCUCUCUGGCCGUCAUGGAGGCAAACGGCUCCAUCCUCACCAACAAGUACUCCGAGGGUCUCCCCGGUGCACGAUACUACGGUGGUAAUGAGCACAUUGACAAGCUCGAGAACCUCUGCCGUGAGCGAGCUCUCAAGGCCUUUGACCUGGACCCCAAGAUCUGGGGCUGCAACGUCCAGCCUUACUCUGGUUCCACUGCCAACUUCGCCACCUUCACUGCUCUCCUCAACCCUCAGGACCGUAUCAUGGGUCUCGGCCUCCCCUCCGGUGGUCACCUGACUCACGGUUACUACACCGCCAAGAAGAAGAUCUCUGCUUCUUCCAUCUACUUCCAGUCGUUCCCUUACCAGGUCGACACCAAGACUGGUCUCAUCGACUACGACACUCUCCACAAGAAUGCCGAUCUGUACAAGCCCCGCAUGGUCAUCUGUGGUGGUUCCGCUUACCCCCGUGACUGGGACUACGCCAGGCUGGCCGAGACUGCCAAGUCGCAGGGUGCCUACCUCAUGGCCGACAUUGCCCACAUCUCUGGUCUCGUCGCUGCCAAGAAGCAGAACAACCCCUUCGACUACUGUGACAUUGUCACCUCGACCACCCACAAGACCCUCCGUGGUCCCCGUGCUGGUAUCAUCUUCUUCCGAAAGGACCGUGAGGCAGAUGUCGAGGCCAAGAUCAACGCUGCCGUCUUCCCCGCCUGCCAGGGUGGACCCCACAACAACACCAUUGCUGGUAUCGCCGUUGCCCUGAAGCAGGCUGCCGACCCUGCUUUCCAGGAGUACGCAACCCAGAUCAUCAAGAACUCGCAAGCCGCCAGCCAGAAGCUCCACGACCUCGGCUACAAGCUGCAGACCGACGGUUCGGAGAACCACUUGAUCCUGUGGGACCUGCGCCCAAUCCAGCUCACCGGCUCCAAGCUGGAGGGUCUGACCGAUCUGUGCCACAUCACCAUCAACAAGAACGCCGUCGUUGGUGACGUGUCCGCCAUGACCCCCGGAGGUGUUCGUCUGGGUUUCGCCGCCCUCACCUCGCGAGGUAUGAAGGAGAGCCACAUGGUCGAGGUCGUCGAGUUCCUGCACCGCGCCGUGCAGCUCUCGCUGGAGAUUCAGAAGACGUCCGGCAAGAAGCUCGUGGACUUCAACAAGGCUGCCGCCGCCCACGAGGGUGUCAAGCAGCUGUCGAAGGACGUCGAGGCCUUUGCCACUCAGUUCCCUCUGCCUGGUGUGCCGGACACCCAGACCAUCAAGAAGUACUCUUCGUAAGGGUAUCUCUGCGGUCCGUAGAGCGACUGUUCAAAAUGGGCUACUUCCAGAGAGGAAGUAGAGGAAGUCAUGGAGGAGUCGGAUAUCGAGCGCCCACACUUCAACCUGUCAGCGCUCAUGUCUAUCUCUGGCCUUGACUGCCGAUCAUAUGUUCAUCUGGUCUUACGACUAUAUUUGUCUGCCCUUUCGUGUCUCCCCACACCCGUGUCACAUCUUACCCCUCCCCAACUGUCUGCUUGUCUCUCUCCCCCCGCCUCCCCCCUACCUACCCGCUCAUGACUUUUACCUUGGCAAUUCAAACUUUGUGUAUCACCA